AUGAUGAUGAUGAUGGCAGGUGGUAUGGCAGCUGCGAAGCAAAAGAGCAAGAGUGCAUCACCAAAGCGAUCAUCCUCGCCCGUGGAGAGCGAUGAGAAGGUCGCUUCACCGUGCGAUUUCCUAGACCCGGAGGUUCGGAAACUGGGUGAUCACUUCAACAUUGAAGACCGAUGGCUUGUGCGCCUGGAUGAGCUCAUGAGAAGACGGAAGGACACCAAAGAUCAGGAUUUGGCCAAACUCUAUGAAGUCCUGGAGCAAGCCCGAAGUCCGACAGGACUUCUGGUGGCCAAGCUCGGUGAAAUGGAGUGCGGUCAGUUUGUUGGCAAGGUGAAGCCCGACCGCAACAUCGAGCGUUUGGCGACCAGGUACAACCUCGACACUCGAGUGGUGUCCCGGCUUACUGAGUUGAGGGUGAGGCGGAAGAAGACGCAGACAGAGGACUUCAACCGACUGGAACAGCAUCUCAGUCUUUGCAAGAGGCCCUCAGCCACUGCGACGCUUCUCAUUGGCAAAGUCCUGGAAGGGGAGCUGAAACAGAUUCCAGAUGUGACCACGGCCAAAGCGCUAGCACAGAGGUUCAAGUUGGACAAGGAUGCCAAGUCCAAACUGCGGGAGAUCGCCGAGAAGCGUGCGGAGGAUGUGGAGGAAGUCAUGGUGCACUUGGAGAAGACCCUCGCGAUGUCGCACCAGCCCUCCGCCACUCUGUGCAAGCUGGCCAAGACCCUCAUGGAUGGUGGCAAAAAGAGGAGUGCAGAUGAGAAAUAUGCCAACAAGUCAGACAGUGAUGCUGAAAGUCCUGUUGAAGAGAGGCCCAAGAGUCGAAGUGCUGCUCGGAGUGAGUGCAGCACCGACAGCAGCAGUAUUCGAAGAAGAAGAGCUGCCUUAGAUAGAAGAAGCAGAAGCAGGAGCAGAAAAGGAAAGGGCAAGCAGAAAGGCCAAAAGAAGAAGGACGCCGCGCGGGGCGCCCCCGCGGCGCCGAAGGCUCUGCCGGUGGCUGCGCCGGGGUCGGUGCAAGUGGGCGGUGGCUCUGGAGGUUGGACGGUUACCGAGUGGUAG